GUGCACGCCGGCUGCGGGCUGUGCAAAGCCGAGCUGAGGAGAGAGGAGAAGGAGGCAGCGGCAGCAGCAGCAGCAGCAGCAAGUGCGCGCGGCGGGAGGAGGGAAGGCGCCCGCGAGCACGAAGAGACCCCCGGCCAGCGGGGGGAGGAGGAGGAGGAAGAAGAGCGCGCGCCUUGCCGCGGGGGCCCCGAGUGGAAAUUACAGCCGCGGUCGCCUCGGAGAAAGGAGAGGCGGCGGCAGGAGAGGGGGGCGCGCCCCGCCGUCCUUCUGGCCACAGACUUGUGGCGUUUGAAACUCGAGCUGCCGGAGCCUGGCUAA